UCUGUCAAAAAUUUUAUCGAACCUCCUGUGCCGCGUUGUAAAGUUUAAGUAAUUUCUGAAUGAAAAUAAGUGCUAGUAUUGAAUUUAUAACCUCAUAUUAAAGUACAAUGACGCGAAGAGCCGAUCCGGAUAAAUUUACCGUGACAAAACAGGCGUUACUACCCGGUAUAUUGUUCUCCUUGCUUGUGAGAUGGUGCGUGGCUGCUUAUCCUUAUUCUGGAUAUAAGAAACCUCCAAUGCAUGGCGAUUUUGAAGCACAAAGACAUUGGCAAGAAAUAACAGUGCAUACUCCCGUUCUCAAAUGGUAUCAUAAUACGACGCAGAAUGAUCUGCAGUACUGGGGGUUGGACUAUCCACCACUGACGGCAUAUCACAGUUUGCUCAUGGGGCUGGUGGCGGACUGGCUGGAACCAGAAUCAGUGCGUCUCUUUGCGUCGAGGGGUUACGAAAGCGAUACCCAUAAAACCUUCAUGAGAUGGACUGUUUUUCUUAGUGACAUUUAUUUGUAUGUGACUGCAGUGCUGUGCAUAUGUAUUGAUGCUGAAAGAGUGCUUGGUAAAGAACCUAAAGAGCCAAAGUGUGUCCUGAAAAGAACGGACAUAUCAACCACAUUAUUUCUACUGUACCCUGGCAUAAUAUUGAUUGACUACGGUCACUUCCAGUACAAUUGUGUUUCUCUUGGCUUCUUUUUGUGGGCAACAUUCUUUAUAAUAGCAAUUAAGAAUGAUACUUUAGCUACAAUAUUUUUUGUUUUUGCUCUGAAUUACAAGCAGAUGGAAUUAUACCAUGCUCUGCCAUUUUUCUUCUAUUUGUUAAGGAAAUGUUUUAUAGGUAUGCCACUGGGUAGGGGCAAGCUGUCUCACUUCGUCCGCUGCUUCAAUAAGCUUGCUGUGGCAGUGAUCGCUACCUUUGUAAUAGUUUGGUAUCCAUUCCUAAAGGGUUGGGAUCAUAUUUUUCAGCUUAUACACAGGCUGUUCCCAUUGGAUAGAGGUAUUUUCGAAGAUAAAGUGUCCAAUGUAUGGUGUAUGGUGAAUGUCUUUAUCAAGUUGAAGACUAUUUAUAGUAACCAAGAGAUGGCAAAGACCUGCCUACUGAUCACGGCUAUGGCUGCGGGUCCAGCUUGUGCUGACUUAUUCUUCAGGAUAAACAUAAGGAAGUUUGUUCCCUGUUUGAUCAAUGUGUCCCUUGCAUUCUUCUUAUUCUCAUUCCAAGUUCACGAAAAAUCUAUUUUGUUAGCUGCUAUACCAGUAGCGUUAUAUUUCCCCGAGGACCCGUUCAUGUGUUUCUGGUUCCUACUAGUCUCUACAUUUAGUAUGCUUCCCUUAUUACUCAAAGAUGGUCUUCUUUUACCGUUUAUUGCAACUACUGUAAUCUAUACAUCCUUCUAUAGCAUUUGUUUGAAGUUAUCGCAGCCCAAUUCUGGGUAUUUCUCAAUUUUCAAUGCUAACAAAGUGAAUAAGAUUGUGUAUCCAAAUAAGAAGGAUUCAUCCCACAUGUUAACCUUUUUGAGUCUUAUUUUUGUAAUAUCUGUGGUUGGUAUGGUGUUGUUAACUGUGGGUACAGUGUUUGUGAAGCCUCCUCCGCACUUGCCUUACCUGUUUCCUCUACUUAUCUCUGCAUAUUCCUGUGUACAUUUCCUUUUCUUUUUCUUCUAUUUCUAUUAUCAACAAUUUUCUCUGCCAAUGUGCUUGCCCUGUGUCAGCCAAAAAUUAAAAAGAAAAUAAACUUACAAUACAGGACUGCCUAACAUAAGAAUUUUAACCAUUUGAACUACCUACUUAGUUAAUUUAAGACUUUUUAUAUUCGAUAUUUUCAUACAGUUAGUGUUGCAUGGUGUUUGGUGAUUCUAAUGAUGAACUUUGUUUUAUGUAAAAGCGUAUUUGUGUACUAAAACAGCAAAUGUUUGAAAUUUUAAAAAUGUCAUUCCAAUAAAUGUUUUAAUCGACUUGUAGAUUGCUCAAAUGGGUUUUCUUUUACCUCACCUUUAGAAAAAAAUUAAGUUUAACAAACCUACUAACAUGAGGUCAAAGCAAAGUUAGAAAAACAAACAGAUAAGGCCAGCAAUUUGUUUUAAGGGCCAUUAGAUAACCUUAGUAGGUAUCUACUAAUUGGAACCAUUGGCCAAGGUGUGUGGCUUUCCAAUCAUGGCUGACCUACAACGCAGCCUGACGUCAUAGUACUGCAAAUAUACGCCGAUUGGCCACCAAAUAGAGGAUCUCGAUACAAUCGCUCACAGAUUGUGAACAAAAAAAUGGGCUUGGUAAAACCAAUAGCCGUUAUUGGAAAAAUAUUAAAAAAAACGAUAUUUAUCGCUUCAGAAACUUAGUAAAUUAUUAUUAUUAUGCCACAGGAUUGUCCUUAUUCCAUCAUACAAAUCGUGCUCUAUUAUCGCUCAGAGAACGUCAACAUACUUCCCAGUACAAUAAUAAAUUCAAAAUAUUUUCAGGAGUGAAGCUUUUGUAAUGUUCUAUCUGUGUUUCGUGACAAUGUUGUUAACCGAAGUUCCAUGAAACAUUAUCGACCCGUAACUCAUAACCAAACUCGUCGCUCGAUUUGUCUGCAGGAAGCACGUCAUUCCGUAGAUUAGGAUGUCGGUUAUCUCUGCUUAAUAUCUACGGUAGCACAUCGAUUACAAUAACUAUUUUGCUAUCAGUAAGCAAUCUAGGUGUAAUCUGUGCGCACGCUACGAGGUUU